GUCCACUGUGGUGUAAUUUAGUUUAACUUCCUGUGAUGUUUGGACUGAAAACUGUUCGUUAGCUCUUUAUUGGUCUUGAAAAUGGUUUGCUGGAUGGAGAGUGAUGUCUAAUCUCUAAUGGGACAACUGAUAGACUGCCUAAUUGUUUUUGGAAAUUUUAAUUUUGUUUAUCAGGAUGUAUGCAGCCAAACACGUCCUUCGCUGGAUUGUAAUUCUGUACUGUUGGCAUGAAACUCAAGCCAGUCUUUCAAUCGAUAUGCUGAACAGAACCAUAGUGGCUCUAGCAGGAGAUACUCUUGAGUUCAACCUGAAAGUGGUCAUUGCUGCAAACUCCUCUUUGAAACUUGAAUGCUACACUCAGAAAAGAAAUAUUUGGAAAAAAGAACUAAAUGGGGGAUUUCAUAAAGAAACAAGGACGGUGCCUGCUCAUAUCAAAAUGCACAAUAACUCCAGUUCUGGCAAUUACAAUUUUCGUUAUGAAAACCAAAAAGUGUAUUGGGUGGUUCAAGUUAGGGAUAAAGGUUACGAGGAACCACCUGAUGAGUUACACAUAGACUACAUCAUCAUGAUGGCAAUCUCAGGAAUUCUUCUUAUCUUCAGUGUUGCUGGAUCACUGUGUAUAUUAAAGAGCUAUAAGGAAAAGCCUCCGUGUAGAGAUGAUGAAAAUGAAGUAGCGGAGCAGAGAGCAGAGGAGAGUGAUGAUGUCAUCCCGGAUGAGGAUGCCGGAUCUGCGUCAUUAUACACUGCUCUACAAUACAGAUCAGACUCUGUUUAUGAUACAUUGCAUCCUGAUACGACAGCAGAUGAAGGAAACACAGUGAAGAAUAUAUCCCAUAUAAAGGACUGCAAAGUACUAGAAGAUGAAGCACUUGAUUCUAUUUAUGAAAAUCUGUGAAUAAACAUAAAGUAAUGAAUGAAUUUGUAAAUAUUUUUUUACCUGCUAGAAUGUAC